GGAGGUCAGGCGGGAGUCGUGUAGCAGUAUAUAUUGCAGGUGCUUUGAAGAGGAGACACAAUUCAAGUCAUCCAGUACGCAGCACCAUGAAGCCUGUGGUCAUUCUGACGGUUGUGGCAGCAAUCUUCGCCCACGAAGUCUCCAGCAGUCCUUCGUAUUCCCCAUGUAAGCAGGUCCGUGAUAUUGGCGACAGGCUCUACAGACUCCGCAUCCCAAACACUUACGAUGUGGUGAUUCUCCGCGACAGCCUGCUAGCAACAUACCACCAGCUACUCAACACUGUCUGCAACAGUAGCGCCAGCAACACUGCAAACGUGCCCUACUCCUUCUCCAUCCCUAGACACCUUCAUUAUUCCUCCUACAACCCCUCUAUCCUCGUGUCUCACUCUCUGCAUGCUGGCGACUACUGAGUUUAACGACUGGGCAUUAC